AUGUCGUAUCUUGCUGCUGCUGCUGUUGCUGCUGUUGCUGCUGUUGCUGCUGCUGUUUGCAGGGGAAAGCAGGAGGUGCUGAAGGCAGAGCAAUUGCUGCUGCAGUUGCUGCGCUCUCGUGCUGGCAGCAAAGGAGUGACGGAGGACGAAGCAAAUGAUUUGCUGACGGAUGUAGAGAACAGCAGCAGCAGCAGCAGCAGCAGUCUUACAGGGAGACGGCUGCAGCAGCUAGGAGACUAUCUGUUCCGCGUGCUGCUGCGGGUGCAUGCAGAUGCAGCAGCAGCAGCAGAAGAGAGCGAGGAAGAAGCAAUGGCAGCAGCAGCUGAUCAACCAGAUAUCCUUGAUGAUGACUGGGAGGUUUACCUCUAA